AUGAGCGUUGAAAUACAAUAUCUCACCUCUCGUUCAAUGGGGUAACGGGAGGACCCUUGUUGGCGAUGAUCUCGUCGUCACUGACGACUCCCACGACAAGCUCAUCACCAAGAGCUCGGGCUUGACGCAGGGCGUUGCAAUGACCGUAGUGCAUCAUGUCAAAGCAUCCAUCCAUGUAGACACGCACUGGUCUCUUCUUUCUCCUUUUCCAUUUACCAACCACCGGCAGGAUUGAGGAGAGCUGGUUUAGAAGCGGCACCGGCGCUCCAAAGUGGAAGGCCAACACGGAAACCCCGAGGAAGGCCCCCCCUAGAAUGCAGCUCACCAGGAAACCGGGACUCUGCAUACUCUCCGAGGCACUGUUUUCAGACUCCAUGGUUCACCACAGAAUCGAGGAACGCGCAGCACCUCCCUGCUUCAACCUAGUGCCUCAGGUUCUUCAGAUCCCCCAAGAAUUCCGAUCCUCCCGCCAUGGCCGAGGGAAUAAAAAGGAAACCCACUCACGCGAGGGAAACGAGGUUAGGGUUCUCCGUCACCCCGCAGACGCGAGCAACAGCAGCCGGAGGCAACGACGGGCCACGCGAAGUACGACACUUCCAGGCCUUCACAGUAUCGAGGCGGAGCUCCGGCAAGGAAAACGAGGGAAAAUCAGGCUGGGCGCGACGGUUGCUCCCCCUCUGGAAGGCGGCACCGCGUUCCUCACAAAGACGCGGAGAGCCGAACCGCCCCCCCCAGAGGAACGAUGCCGUCGAUGCGGUGACGUCGUGGACGGCAAGCCACCGAGCCGCCGCCCCCCACGUGCCUUAG